UAUCGUGCUGCAGAGUACCAGCUAAAUAAGGUGCCUAGCAACUAAAAAAUGGCGUCUCGCGGGAGUCGGAUAUUUCACUGACAUGACCGAUGUUGCCUGCAUUAAAGUCCGUGGUAGUUCUUAUUUGAGCUAGAUGGCCUUCCAUGGAUUAUAUAUAGUGCAGGAAGAAGAUGCACUUGAGGCAUGAUGGCUGAGGAACAAGUGAAGUCUGCCGAGCAAAGUGGGCAAAUGGCUGAACAGCACCCUGACAAUACCAGUGUUGACGUGGUUGGCAAUGCCCAGCCUGAUACAGAGCAAGAUGAUAGUGCAGGGAUAACGGUGAACGAGGCUGAAGAAAAUAUCGCAGAAAAUGUUCCAGAGGAGUCGAUAGUAGUUGCAGAAAAUCAUCAGGCACAUGAAGCAGAAGAACCAGAAGUUGCAGAAACAGAUCAGUGCCCAGAUCAUGAGAACAAAACAAAUGCUAACAAGACACUCUCAGAUGAGGAACAAAGCGACAAUCAACAAAGCCAGGAUUCGAACCCAGACUCCCCCGGCCAAGAUGCAAAUAGCAACGUGACACUUUCAGAUAAGGACCAAAGCGACAAUCAACAAAGCCAGGAUUCGAACCCAGACUCCCCCGGCCAAGAUGCAAAAAGGAACGUGACACUUUCAGAUAAGGACCAAAGCGACAAUCAACAAAGCCAGGAUUCGAACCCAGACUCCCCCGGCCAGGAUGCAAAUAGCAACGUGAGCCAGAACCUGAACGCAAGUCCAUCCAAUGAGGAUGCAAGCACCAGCAAACUGGAUCAAGAUGCUGAUGCUAAUAGCCCAUCUAUAAAUGAGGACACCAACAAUGACUCACUCAACCAGGACUCGGACAGUGCAGCGCCUCAUCAGGGUCCAGACACUGAACCAACAGACCAGGAAUCCAUUCCACCUGGGCAGGACUCGAGCAGCCCAGGAGCGAGUGAUCCCGAAAAUGCAGAGAAAGUUCCAGAGGACAGUAAGCCUGACAGUGCACAACGUGACCCUGAAGAGGCUGAUGCCAGACAGUCCGAGCCGCAAGAGCAAGAUCAAGUUUUAGAUGAUGAAGUGACUGAGGAGGUAGUUGUGAUGUCCCCAGCAGGUGAUGAUUCAAAAGAGAAUCAGGCUUUGGAUAAUGAUCAGGCAAUAGCUGAAGAGAAUACAAGUGCCAACCAAGUUGAAGAUGCUGAAGUUGCACCAGAAGAUGCCCAUGACAAGGUCUCCGCAUCCCAACAACCUCCUGAUCAGGAGCCAACCGUCGAAGAUACUCCUGAGGGUGCAGCUGAGAAUCUCAGUGGAUCGUCCCCUGCCCCGCAAUCUCCCCCCGUUGCAUCAUCAAACAACACACCUGAUGCAGUACAGGAGAACAAUAACAAUGAAGUUAACAGUGGCAGGCAGUUUUCCAGUGAAUCGGUGCGUAUUCCUACCGCCCAAGGUGACGUGGGGGAGUCGCUGUCCAACAGAGGUUCACGGGAGGAUCUGCGGGAGCCAGCAAUGUACAAGAUGAGGUCCUCACUUCCUGUGGAUGCAUAUGGUGAUUCCAAGAGUAAUCGUUUGCCAGCACUCGUCCACCCGGACCCACGGUUGGCCCGUUCCCUGCCAGCAGUCAUGGAUUUCUCCAGCCUCCCCGCUGAACAUCACCAGGGCGUGGGAGCCCAUCGGACGCGCAGCCACAUACCGCGCAUCCCCUCGGCUAGCGGCUCGGCCAAGGCCGAGAUGCGAGAUGGGGACGUCCGCAGGGCCCUGAGUUCGGCCAAGCUGCCACACUCUGUCAUGAAGAUGUCCACAGUGAUGGUGUCGGCAAGAAAGCGAGCUGUACUGAAUAGAAACGCCAGUGUCUUUUACGAGGAAAAACAGCAGAGUAAAGUAAUCAGUCUGGAUCAGGCAAUAAAUAGCCGCCCUCCAAUGCCCUUUGACCUGGAUGGCCCCGGACCAUGGAGUUACUCCCCGAGAAACAAGCCCCUGAAUGAGGAUAAUUCUCCAGAGUACACAUUCGGGCACAAACUCAAUGAAAAGAGCGGCGGAGGUCGAACCGCGUAUGCUAAGACAUGGUUCAACAGCAACAACGGGUUCACACAGAAAGUGCAGUAUGAGAAAAGGUGGCCCUCACCAGCACACUACAACAGCACCCGCCCGCUUCUGGGUCGCCGCAAACCCACCAUGGUCGACUAUCCUUCCUUCACCAUCGGUGUGCGAAGCAAUUUCAGCAUCAGUAAAAUAGGCUCAGAGAAUGAACCAGGACCUAAUGAAUACAAUCGCUCCACGUCAGAUGUAGCCACCUUAAGGACUGCACCCAGCUACACCAUCAGCCGUAGACACCAAGGCACAAAGCUCUGGAGUGGCAACGAAUUGACUCCAGGCCCAGGUACAUACAAUCCACGAUGGGGGCAUUCCUCGGGUGCAGUCCACCACCCCUCAUUCACCAUCCAAGGCGUCCGACGAUUGAAGAGCCACCAACUUGGACCACACCCAACCUUCUGAGCUAUUUGUGUCUAAUUCUUCCCUUCACAUCAUGAAAGCCGCAGUUUGGCAAAAGAAAAGUGUAUUUUUAAGCUCUGGCAGGAGCUUCUACGUGUCAGUUGGUGGUCAGUCAGAUGAUCUGUCUGUCUGUCUGUCCCUGGAAAAUUGACCAAAAGUAUGGUGUUCCUAUAUGUGCCCUUGGCGUCGCAUUUUUCGGCGUCGCAUUUUUCGGUGUCACAUUUUUCAGCUCUGGAGGGAUCAUUUUGAUCAAUUUCAUGCAAGACUUUCAUGCAAGACUUUCUGUAACAUGGCCAGAGCUUAUUGUGCACUCCCACUUGUUAUUACCUGAAGUACACUUACCUAGACACGUGUGGUCUAGCGGUAGGGCACAGGAUUCAUGAUCGUGAGAUUGUGGGUUUGAGCCCCGCUGUGGCCAUGCGUGUUGUGCCCUUGAGUAAGGCG